GUUCUCUUUUUCCUUUUUCUUUUCUCUCUCUCUCUUUUUUUUUUUUCUUCUAUACAUUUACAUCUCUUCAAAAAAGAAAUAAAAAAAUAUGGCUGAAAUCAGAAGAAAACUCGUCAUUGUUGGUGAUGGUGCUUGUGGAAAGACUUGUUUAUUGAUUGUCUUUUCAAAGGGUACCUUCCCUGAAUUCUAUGUUCCCACCGUUUUUGAAAACUAUGUGGCUGAUGUUGAAGUCGAUGGCAAGCACGUGGAAUUAGCAUUAUGGGAUACAGCAGGCCAAGAAGAUUAUGAUCGACUUCGACCUCUUUCAUAUCCUGAUUCUCAUGUUAUCUUAAUCUGUUUUGCUGUGGAUUCACCAGAUUCAUUGGAAAAUGUUCAAGAAAAGUGGAUUUCUGAAGUCCUUCAUUUCUGUCAAGGUUUACCUAUCGUACUUGUUGGUUGUAAGAAGGAUUUAAGAAACGAACCUGCUACUAUUGAAGAACUUCGACGAAAUUCUCAACGACCUGUCUCCUUUGAAGAAGGUUCCUCUGUGGCUCAACGUAUCAAUGCCUACAAGUACUUGGAAUGUUCUGCAAAGACUGGUGAAGGUGUUCGCGAAGUAUUUGAACAUGCUACAAGAGCUGCUUUGAUGGUUCACAAGAAGAAGAAGAAGAGUGGUGGUUGCACUGUGUUGUAAAAAGGAAAAUAGGACUUUUUAAUUAUUUUUUUUUUUGGAAAAAAGAUCCUCCCCUCUUCCUUCUUUUUAUUAUUAUUAUAUAUUUUUUUUUUUUUUUUUACUUUUAUUCACACAACACAUAUUCACACAUAAACACACAUACACAAAACAGAUAUAUUGGAAAUAUCAAAUCACACCAAUCCCCCUUUUUUCCUUUUUCUCCCAUUCGUAUUUUUUUUUUUAUAUUGUUUUCUUGACUUUUGAAGUAAUAAAAAAAAACUACAGCUUAUCUUGUUUGGGACUCCG